AUGAAUAAUCAAGAAUUGAAAGAUAAUAGAAAUACUAACUAUUAUAAUAAAGGAAAACCAUUAAUUACAAAUCAAGAUCAAAUAGAUACGUCUAAUAAUAGAAUUAUACUACCGUCUCAAGAUCAUCUUUUGAAAACAGGAAAUCAAAGAAAUAGAAAUACAACAUUACCUUUCAUAAGACAACAUUUAUCUCAUUCUCCAAUUCUACAAUCACAUCAAAAUCAAAUAUCACUACAACCACAAUUUCAAAGAACCCCAUUACAAAUAAAUGAAAGAAGAAUGAGUUUUACUAUGUUUUCACCUAAUGCAACUACAAGUCCCUUGUAUCCAAUUACUUCAAAUACAAGGGGAUCAAAUAAUAAUAAUAAUAAUAUUAAUAACUCCACAAAUAAUGUAAAUUCACCACCUACUACUAAGAAACUAAAACAGGAUGAUUAUCUUUAUCAUGCAUCAACAUUACCACCAUCUCCAUUAGCAGCAUCCUCAUUACAACCAAAUAUGAGUUACACAAGAAGAUCUAAUCCAUUGCUAGCAUCGUCAUCGUCGUCAAAUUCAAACACAACUCCCCUAAAAAAGGAAACAACACCAGAAAAUGAAAAUGAAGAUGAAAGAUUCUUAAGACUAGCAAGAGAUGCAUUAGUUGCAACAGCAAGAGGUAUAAAUCAACAAAAUAGAGGAUUAGUUGAUCCAACAAUACUGGAUUUAUUAACAAGAUUACAAUAUGCAUCAUCACCACAUGGUAAUCCUAUAUCAAAACUGGAAAAUUUACAAACUAAUUUAGCUGGACAAUUAAAUAUUCAAGAAUUUUAUGAGCUGUUUCCAAAUCUAAGCAAUGAUAUUUUUUUAAAUGAAAAUAAUAAUAGUAAUAAUAAUAAUCAGAAAGCAAAACCAAUACCUCAAAAUAAUAAUUCAAGUGGUAAUAUUGGUGGAUUAUUAAAUAGUAGACAUCAUCCAUCAGGUAAUGAAUCAGGUUGGAAUUUUUUAAUUGGAGAACCAUUACAAUUAAAAGCAGAUAGUGAGAGAAAUCCAUUAAAUAAUGGAAACCAAAAUAAUAAUAAUAUAUCAGAAGAAUUUCAAACAAUAGAUCAAAAAAGACAACAAAAGCAACAACUACCGAAAUCCAAAAUUACCAAACCAACCAAAAAGCCUAAAUCACAACAACAACCAAUAACUCAAGCUAAUGAUCCAUCAAGAAAAUUUUUAUGUAAUAAAUGUCAAAUGUCAUUUAGAAGAUCAUCUGAUUUAAAAAGACAUGAAAAACAACAUUUAAGUAUUCCUCCAAAUAUUUGUGAACAUUGUGGUAAAGGAUUUGCAAGAAAAGAUGCAUUAAAAAGACAUAUUGGUACAUUGACUUGUAAAAGAAAUGCUGAUAAGAAAUUAUACGUUGAUAACUUAAAUUAUUUAAAAAAUAAAAUUAAUAAUAAUCAAAAAGGUUUGAGUAAUCCACAAUAUAUUAAACAUCAACAAUUACAACAAAUACAAGAACAACUGCUGAAACAAGAACAAGAUGAAGCAAAUGAUGGGGAUGAUGAUGGUGAUGAUGAAGACGAAGAUGAUGAAGAUGAAGAAGACGAAGAUGAAGAGGAUGAAGAUGAAGAAAUGGAAGAUGUAGAAGAUGAAGAACGUCAAAUCAAGAAGCAUAAAAUCAAUAAUAUUAAUAAUUCUACCACCAGUACUAAAAAAAAUAAUACUAAAAAUAACGAAGAUAGUCCGAAAUUCCCAACUUAUGGUUACCAAAAAGAAAAUUGGUAG